UUUUAUGUAGCCUUCCCUAUCAUGUCACGACUCCGGUUUGCUUCUCGAGGAUGCAGCUCCUCUCACACGCCACCUCCCAUGUUAGCACGUCGUUCUCCCGUAUCUCUCUUCUGCCGUUGAGUCUCAUUUUUCAAUCAGUAUAUUGGGAGAGGAGCGAGAGUCAAUUGGGAGGAGGAGGGAAAGUAGAGUAUUGUCAUCUCAUACUCUGUUUUCAGAAAGGAGAAUCAUUGACGACAAAGGCAGAGGAACAGCGAGGCUGCUGCACAGCUGAAUGAUGUAGUCGGCAUCGAUAGAAGGAGGAGAGGAGGCGGAGAUCCGACUGGGAAGCGAAGGAAAAGGAGAGCAGGCGGCGUUUGGGUUCGGGAUUUUCCCUAUCCUUUUCCUAAUUUCGUUCUGCACUUCCUUUUCUAUCGGGUACUGACUUAUUUUUUGAUUUAUUGUGCAUUCAGGAUUGGGUGGCUAUUGGAAGGAGUGCCUCACCCUGAUUUCGGGAUUUGGUGAUUCUGAUGGAGAGGUUAUUCUCUAUGGUUUUUUUCUAAAACUAAAGGUAUCAGCUCAUUUAGUUUCUGUAUGUUCUCAAGUGUAGCUCUAUCUGUUAGUGAACUUUAAUUUGGGGGGAUUGUUCCAUUUCUGCUGCAAGGAUGUUGGUGGUUUGGGAUACGAGCUGACAGAAAGGUUCUAAGAUUCGAUGAUCAACUAAAUUUGAACUAAAAAUUGCUUCAAAAUUGAAAGCAGCAGCAGGUAUAAGGUGAUAAGGUGUUGUAGACCUUGCUGUUUUCCUUUUACUAACACUAUUUUUUUUCUUUUUCAUGGGUGUAGAAAGUUCUUAGAGCUGAUCUCUAAUGUUCCUACAGUCUUUUAUUUUUCUUUAAUAUUUCAAGAAGCUACUUAUACAUUGUUCGUUAAUUUCUUUGUUUACAGUAUCUUACUAUAAAUACCAAUGAAAAAACCACGCGCAAGGCUACAGCUACGAAAAUAUAAUUCCUUUUUCAAACCUCUUUCAAGUUUCAAAUUCCUUAUGACUAAUAUGCACCAAUUAUAAAAAUUACAGGUUUCUAGUUAGAAGUACCUGCGAAAAGGGAGGAAAUUACAUAGAAAGUCGCAUGUUGAGUCAUAGAAGCACCGCAUUGGAUCGCCAGGAGAUUGCUUUCCAAAUUAACCACUGCAAUUGCAUCCUCCUGAGAUUCACAUUGACGGUCAAAUCAAUAAUCACACAACAUAAUUUUAUAAUACAGCAGCAGCAAUAGCAACAUAAUAACACUGCAGAAGCAGCAUUAUGGCAGCAGCCAAGAAAAUGCAGCAGCACUGGAAAAAUAAGAAAAACUUGGAAGAGAAGGAUUCCACCCAUAAACACACAGCUAUCUAAACAUGAAUGUGAAAGCAAGUACCAUGUUUGAGCCCUUGGUAGCAAUUCUUUUGUGCUAACAAUUAAAUAGUUUCCUGACACAUCAUCCCCUGCCACAACAUCAUUCCGGCAACUGUUACAACAUCAUUGACCACCACCUACACUAAACCAACUGAAAGUUAUAACUUAUAAGAAAAUCUACGUCAAAACUUCAACUGAAUUAAGCAGAGCACAAAAUAAAACAAAACCUAUCUGCAGCUAGCAAAUUUGCCGAAAGAACAUAUAUAUGGCAAAAUUUAAACUGAGUUUGAAAGGAACAAUUGGGUUCACAUAAACAAACUACCUCCCUACUCCAGAUAUGUAAACAACCUUUCUGAUAUGGUAUUGAAGCAGCAGCAUAGCAGUUAGUUUAAUGUAGUUUAGAAUGUUGGUGAAGAAGAAUUAUUACCAGGGGAAGAGAGCUUAAGACCCCGAUUGUAAGUCAACAAAGCCAUUUCCUCCAUUGUUUGGUGGCUACAAUUACCUGCAUGAAUAUGAAAUUACAGUAACAUGACAUGGUUUAGAUUCGAAUAUCCCCUCGGGAAAAAAUACCAAAAAUCCCU